CCACCAGUAUCCCAACUACGCUAAUUACCAAAACUUGAUAAAUUGCCUUUGGCAUUUUUGUCUCUGCCGUGACCGUCCCCGGCCCUAACCAUGGCUAUGGCGGCUGCUGCCUGUACUUGCUCCUAUGCGUCUCAAUUGCUUCCCCGCUCCAAGUUUUCCACAUUGACGUUUCCUUCUUCUUCUGUUUCAUGCACUGCUCCUAGUGUUAUUCAAAUCCCUUGUUUGCGCACAAUACGCAGAAACCCCUCAACUCGCUUAGCGGCGGCGAAGAAAGAUCUCAACGCCGUUCCCCAGGAGCAAGGGAAACAGCAGAAGAAGGCACAAGUGGUGGAGGAGGAGGAAGACUUGCCUUGGAUUCAGGAUAAGGCCUUGGACCUCGUGGAGUUCACCGGCUCCGUCGCCCAGGCCAUUCCCGGGCCUAGAGUCGGCUCCAGCUCCUUGCCCUGGAUUCUCGCUCUUCCUUUGGCCUAUGCCGGCCUGACUUUCGUCAUCGCCUUUGUCAAGACCGUCCGAAAGUUCACUUCCCCAAGAGAAAAGCGCAGGCGAUUGGUCAAUAAAAAUGUGAUGCUUUGCAAAUCAAUUGAUGAGGUAUUUCUGGAGGGAAGAGAUAACGAAACACUUGAUGAUGCUCUCAAGAGACUUGAGAAAAAGACUGGUUUCGGGAUGGAGGAAAUCUUGCGCAAGUACAUUCGGUAUGCUUUGAAUGAGAAGCCCUUCAACCCCGACUUGAUUUCCAAUUUAAUUGAGCUUAGGAAAGCUUCCAUGUUGGAUGAUUCCCAAGUGACUGAGAUUUUAAACGAAAUUUCAAGACGCAUUGUGAGAGAUAAAGGUCCCGUUGUCUUGGACAUGUCAGGUUAUUCUGAAAAGGGUUUCAAGAGAAAACUAGCUGUCCAGGCCCUUUUUGGAAAGGUUUUCUAUCUGUCUGAGUAGUUAAACCUGCCUCAAGCUGCAUUAUUGCAUGGGUGGAAGGAUCAGUAGAUGUUAAGGACAGUGGUUUUGAGAGUGUGGCCUACAGCUGAACUGUCUUCUUUGGCCCCUCAAAACGUUCUUGAAUAGAAAUGGUUUUUGAUUUCUGUAAAAGAGAAUUAAGGCACUGACUCAAAGAUCUUGAAUCUUAAUUCCUUAUGAGGCAUGGCACAUAUCUGUAAUGCAUGCAAGAAUUCCCGGUGUAUCUGUGUGUUUGAGACUUUGCACAGUUUUAUGACAUGUGUUUUUUUUAGAAUAAAAUAAAAUCGGAAAGAUAUUUUCAUUA